AGUGGAGUCGAGAACGACGGAUACAAAUAACUACUGGCCAGAGUCGUGAACCAAACAACCAAAAAUGAUUGCUACAUUUGACCUGACACUUAUUGUUUGAAUUAUAGUAAUUUUUAUUUUGUGUGUAUUGCCUAAAAUGAGAACCCGAAUUCUUGUUUAUGGUUGGUUGUAUGUGAGCCAGACGAGCUGAAAAUGUCAACAUCUUCUCUACAAACGGCUGACAUUAGACUAUUUGAAGAAUAUAAUAAUUCCCAGUUAAGAGUUUUUUGUUUGAGAUUGUGUUAAUGAAAGAAUUGGACAUGAAGACAGACCAAUUUACAGGUGGCAAGAACGCACACGUGAAGGGGAAAGUGAAAUUAGAGUGCAGCUAUAAAGUUGUAUAUCUGGGAUAUGCUGUUUUGGAUCGCAGAUAUACUUUACCUAUGUUACCGUGGGUUAUAGCCGAGAUCAAACGGCAUGGCUCUCAAAACCAAGAAGACAUUUUUCUCCAAGUUCGAGACGAUUCCUUGAGAGCUUUAAACUGUGAAAAAAACUCGUUGGUGUUCGAGCAUAAAUUACAGACAAUAUCGAAAUUUGCUCAGUCAUCUCACGACCCCCUAUGUUUCACUUACAUGACGAAAGAAGUGGCGGACGGUCCUUGUGCCUACCAUGUAUUUCAAGCUUUUGACCAAAGUGCGGUGCUGGAAUUGUUUACUACGAUGAAAGAAGCGACGAAGGAAAUGUCUAGUAAGCAACCUCUCCUCAUAAACUGUGCAAGUGGCAUUGCAGACGAUUCCCUGCUGCAUAACAGUCGGCAGUAUGAAGUACUUUAUUUGGGGAAAAUUAAGGUAACUGGUAAAAGAGCUGCUCCCAGAUUCAUUGAUGAUGCCGUUGAAAAGUUUAGAUUAUAUGAGAUGGAAAAAUCUCGAGGUGGUGCAAUAUCAAGUGGUAGGCAACGCCAUGGAAGUGGUGCCAGCAUAUCCAGUCUUCCUUUUAACUUGGAUUUGCGUAGAAAAUCACAAGAAAAGGAUGUGCAAUUAACAAUAACAAAGACUUCUGGAAAUGAUGAAAGCUUGAAAUGCAGCAGCAACAGUGAAUUGUGCAACAACACAUGCAUAUCUGUUUUUAGUCAUACAAACUGUGAUAAUUCCACCGAUCCAUUUCUUCAAUCUCCAUUAAGUCCAUUGUGUUCAGAACAAAUGACAAAAUCUCCCAGCCUUGACCAUGCACUUGGGACUCAUUCUCAGAAUUUAAACAAGAGGGUGCAUUCACAAGAAGAGUAUUGCAAGAAUAAUCUAAUUCCUCCGUCCUCUCUUAUUUUCCACACGCAAAGUCUCGAUGCUCCAGCCUGCUCAGAUAUUGUGUGUGACUUACGAGAAAUUGGACCAGAUGCAGCUCCAAGAGACAGGGUUCGAUCAUGCAGUGGUGAUUUGCCGCGAAUGAAGCAGACUUCCUUGCCCGUGUUCCGUAAUGGAAUUGGAGCUGCAGGUGGUGGUGAUUUUAUGCGUCCUAGGUCCUAUACAAACCCGGUUCCUUCAGGUGCACGUCAAAUCAAUCGGGUCAUGUUGUUUGUAAUUGGUGCUACUGAGAUUUGCCUCAUAGGGAUUGGCAAAAAGCAGAUGCUCUUGGCAAAAAAGUUCAGUGACAUUUCUCAUUGUUCUCAGGGCAUAAGACAUGUUGAUCACUUUGGUUUCAUCUGCCGUGAAUCAACACUAUCUGGUGCUGAAUGUUAUUCUGGUUAUAUUUUUCGCUGUGAAAGUGAGAAAGUGGUGGAUGAAAUGAUGCAAACAUUGAAACAAGCAUUUAGAAGAGCUCAUCAAAGUUAUCAAAGUUCACUUUCAAAAAAUCAAAUGCAACAAAUCUGUGAUUCCUGCCCAAUGUACUGGUUCCAUAAACUAUGUUCAGAGACGGAGGGUUCUUCCUCAGAAGAGACUAGUGUUAUCAUUCUUAGUAACUUGGAAAAGUUAUCCGAAGAAGAUAAAGAGGAAAUAACUAGGAAAUUUCAAAAUGAAGAUUUUAGUGAUGUGCAAGAAAGAAAUGAAGUUUUAAUGAUGCUUCUCAGAGAACUUUCUGAGCAGAAACAAAUGAGGCACGAGCAUUGUUUAAAUACAGGGCAAAAUGUAAAAAACCAUUCAGUAUUUUUAAAAGAAAAAGUUUCAAGGUUAGACGCACUCUGCCAAAAAGCCAAGAAAUCUCUUUCAAGUUCUUUCAGCUCAUUUGAAACAUUUUUAAAGCAUGCUGAUAAAGAGGAAGAAAAACAUAAUCCUGUGCUAGCUGAAAUUGAAAAUUCCUCUCCUGUUAAAGACAUGGAUUGCCUUAAACAGAAAUUAAGUGAGGAAGAUUCAUUUCUGAUUGAUGAUGAUUUGUUUAUCAGUAGACAAACCAGGUCAGCUUCUGAAGUGAAUGUUCCUAAAACAGAUACUGAUUCUCCUAUAAGCACAAAAUCGAUCAGAAAAAUAUUUAUCAAGUCUUCUGAAGAUGUUAACAUAAGUAGAGAGACCCCACAAAGAACUCACAAGUCAUCAAUGCGGAAAACGAUAUUCAAUAAAGCGCAAACCCCUAAGAAAGACUAUGAAAACAAGUCGCAACUUUCUGAGGAAAGAAUUGUUACAGCCAAAAGAAGCACUCAAGAAUUGAGAGAAUUAUGGCGCAGAGUUAUAAAAGAUCAUAUUUUAUUGAUAAGAAUGGAGAAAGAAAAUAAAAAACUGCAAGCAUCCCAAGAUGCUGCCUCAUUGAAAAGGAUUUUAUUGAGCUAUGAAGAUGUCACUGAAACAUCUGAUAAUGUUGUAGCUGAGUGGGAUAGAACUCUGAAAAGCAACUUCAGCAAUCUUUUACCAAAAUCUUAUUUUAAAGAACUCAUGAUGCAAGGUAUUCCCAGACAUAGAAGAGGAGAAAUUUGGAUUUUUUUGACACAAUAUUUUAAAAAUCCAGAAAUGCCUGAGUUGCUACUUGAAGAUUAUGACAAUCUUUUAAAAGAAUUUACAUCAUAUGGAUAUGCCAUUUCUUGUGAUAUAGGAAGAACUUUUCCCGACCAUCCGUUUUUCAAACAAACAUUGGGUUCUGGGCAACUAGCGUUGUACAAUGUCCUUAAAGCUUAUUCAUUAUCUGAUACUGAAGUAGGAUAUUGUCAAGGCCUAGGAUUUAUUGCUGGAAUCUUUUUGCUACAUAUGAAAGAAUUUCAUGCCUUUUCAAUGAUGAGAUUUAUCAUGUUCAAUUUGGGAAUAAGAAGGCUAUAUAAAGAGGAAUUAGUAGCUUUUCAAGUUCAAAUGUAUCAGCUUUCACGUUUACUCCAUGACAAUCACAAGGACCUCUAUGAUCACUUUGAUAAGUUUGACAUUCCACCAGCAUUGUAUGCAGCUCCAUGGUUCCUAACAUUGUUUACAUCAGUAUUACCAGUUGGCUUUGUGGCACGGAUUUUCGAUUUUUUAUUGUUUGAUGGAAUUCAAGUCAUUUUGAAAAUAUCAUUUUUACUGUUGACGCAUUUGAAGAGUAAAAUUCUUGAAACUGAUAGCUUUGAGUCUACCAUGGCUAUUUUAAAGACUGAUGUUAAAAAUCUUCCAAAGUCAGAGAUGGCAGAUAUAGUCAAACAGAUAACUACUUUAGAAAUUAGUAGAGAACUACAAGCUUAUGAAGUAGAGUAUCAUGUUCUGCAAGAUGAAAUAAACUCGCCAUCUAAAUGUAAUGAAGAGCUGGAAAUUCUCAUGCAUGAAAACAAGUUGUUAAAAUCAAGAAAUAUGGAAUUAACUGAACAGUUAUCAGUUGCUUACACUACUAUUGAUAAGCUAAAUUGUUCUGAAAAUUGUUUGAAAAGCACUAUCAUGCAUUUUGAAAAACGUGUUUCCAACUUAGAAGAGGAGAAAGAAGCUUUGCAAAAUAAUUUAAGCAUGAUGAAGAGGAAAAUACAGAAACUAGAGCAGUCAAGAAUGGGAGAAUCUUUGCACCCACCUACCUUUGGUGCUGUAUAUGCUAUGGCUGGAUCAGAAAAAGAAGAAGAUUUGAAAUUCAAACAACUCAUAAGAGAAAUUCAAGAAGAAAAAGAAAGUAUAAUACGUGAAAUUGUACAAAAUGAAAAAGUUCAAGACAGACAAUGAGAGGUUGUUUGCUUACUUUAAAGAAACAGGAAGUACUCCUAAAAUUGCUUUAAAACAAAUUUAUUUUUUACUGACAUCUGUUACAGCUUGAAUUUUAAAGUCUGUAUAGAGCUUAUAGUUAUACACAAGUUCAUCCAAAAUAUGAAAUGUUUUUGUUAUUCAAUAAAUUUAACUUCAAGUUUAUAAACACCAGAAACUUUCAUUUAUUUCACAAUGUAAUCAAUUGACAUACAAAUGAAAGAAAAUUUAUAUUAGAAUUAAUCUUUAUUUAUAAUAUACACUCGGGAACAUUGAAAACAGUGCCCCAAGAAGGAAACAUUAUAUUGAAGUGAAAUUUAAUAUACAGAAUAAUACAGGUUGAGAGAUACACUUGAUCCCAAAUUCUAGACAAUUAAACAAAUACAGGCUAAGAAAUGAGAAAUUCAGUGUAAUUCAAUACCGCAUUGGACCCCCUUUUGCUGUAAUACAUGCUGCAACACAGUCUGUCAUUGAGCUAAUUAAACUAUUACUACUACUGAUGUUGUUCUGAGGCAGAUGAACCCACAAAUUUUGAACAGCCACUUCUAAAUGUAGCAUGGCGGCAUCUGGAGUUUCAGCUUCCUCGGUAUCCCAUACAUGCUCUAUAGGGGACAAGUCGGAGUAGCGGGCUGGCCAUGGAAGUCUCGAAAAGACAUAAGAAGGUUUAAGCAACUCUAGCUGCAAGCGGGCGAGCAUUAUCUUGCUGGAAAAUUGCUCCUGGCAGGCCAUUUAGGAAUGGUCCUACAUGUGGUUGCAGGAUGUUAUUAAUGUAACACUGGCCCGUUAAUGUUGCCUUGGCUAUCAGACUAUGGCCGCCCAGACCAUUAUGCCUGCUGUGUGGACAGUGUGUCAUGCUACAGAAUGGGAGGAAUGGUACCUUUCUCCAGGGUACUCCCACAGCCAUGCGCGGUUAUCAUCUGACCCCAAAUUGAAGCAGUAGUAGCCCAAAUUUUGCUAAGAAUAAAUAAAUUCAAAGCUAAUAAAUUAGGAAAGUGUGAAGCGGAAAUAGAGCAGCUAAAAUAUGAAUU